AGUCCUACCGGUCAAUUUGCGUGUUUUUACCUUUCUUACUUUGCCAAAUCAAGCAAACUAUUCUAGACCCGGUCUAGUAUAGUUUGUCCGGUCAAGUAAUUUACACCAUCAUUUUUGGCGCCACCCGUGGGACCGUUAAGGUUUCUUCUCCUAAACACAAACCUACCCACCAAAACACCACUCGAAAUGUCUUCCAGCCAACAAAUCAACGCUACUUCCGCACAGGUGCAAGCCACCAAUGAGGGCGCCAGCAUCCCUGUGGCUGCUACCAUACCGGUCAUUUCAGCCCCGGUGUUGCCUCUAGGUCUGAGCUCUGUCCCGACGGCCAGCGUGAUCAGUCCCUUCGCGACCCCUGUCCCUUCCGCUGGACCAAGGGUCACGUUCCCACCAAGCAUGGCUCAGUUCUUGAACGACCCAGCCAACCUACAAGCCAUCCAGGGCUUUGGCCAGGUCAUGGCCAUGUGCCAGCAGAGCGGGGGGAUGCCUUUCCUCCCUGGUAUGUUCCCAUUCGCCCUUCCAAGCGCGGGGACAUUGCCCCUACAAGCUCCGAUGGCGGUGACGUCGUUCCAGACGCCGAUGCCGCAACCAUCACCUUUCCAGCCCCAGCUGGUCAGCACCAUGGCCCCUAUCAACUUGGCCGGUGCACUUAACGCUGCAGGGCCGUCGCGUCCCCCGCAAGCUACGAAUCCGCAGAUCACUCCUGACGGUCAUUGUGUCUCAAUUGAGAGCGAUGACGGCGAGUGGGACAUCCCGAGGGCCCACAAGAAGAAGCAAGGAAAAAACAUCCGGCCAGCGACCUCCCGAAACUCCGCCUUCGAAAGGCUGGGGGAUAGGGAGGAAGGCCAGAGGAAGUCAGCCAAGCAGAGGCUGGGGCAAAGUGUUGCCCAUGUCAGCGCAUUCGCCCGGCUAGGCGAGGUGCGGGAGGCCGAGCCUGCCCACACCCGGUGCUCCCGGUCUAACCGGCAGGAGCCAGCGAGGACAAGGGCCUCCCACCAGGAAGGGGAGGCAGAAAGCCAGCCCAGGUUACCGGUGGCGAACCGGUUAACCAUCCCAAACGACCGCGUCCAGCAGAUGGAGGCAAAGCUGGAAAGGCUGGAAAAGAAGGUCGGGGAGAAGAAUGACCGGGACAAACCCCUGGCAGGGUCCCCGUUCACCGCAAGGGUCCAUCUGACACCUUUCCCGCGAAAGGUUAAGAUCGAUGCCCCCAGAUUCACUGGGAAGGAAGAUCCGGAAAUCCAUUUGGACUCCUUCAACCAGAGUGCGACCAUGAACGGUUGCACCGAUGAAGAAAAGUGCCUUCUUUUCUUCCAGACCUUGCGGAACCGAGCCACUGAAUUAUUCAAUAAGCUUCGCCCGGGAAGCAUUGACUCGUUCAAUGAUUUUGCCUCAAAGUUCAAGGCCAAGUUCCAGGAGAAGUGUACUAAGAGGAAGAAAUUCACCUAUCUUAGUACAGCCGGGCAGAGGGAGUCUGAGAACCUUACUCAGUUCCUUACCCGGUGGAAGGAAGAGGUGGAAAAGGUGGAAGAGAUGGAUGACAAGACCGUCCUCUCCCUCCUCUUAAAUGGCUUGCGUGCUGGGGAAUUAUACAAGGAGUUCUGCCGGAAGCCCCCAGCCACGUACCAAGAGGCCUACCACACCGCAUGGGAGUUUGUUGAAGCUGAAACCCAGCUCCGGGCAAAGAGAGAGGCUGAGCAUGGUCACAAGUCCAAGCCGGUGCAAGUCAAGAAGGAAGAAGCACCGGGACCUAGCCGGCCGAGGCACCACUAUGACCCGGUCAUCCGAUUGGUCAAUACGGAGGAAUGCCAAGAAGUCCGGAAAGAACCGGUCAUUCCUCCAGAAAACCCUACCGGUCAAGUAGGGCGGCAGUGGUCAGGCACCUAUUGUUCGUACCACAGGUCAGAUUCCCAUAACACCUCCGAAUGCAAAAGUGUUAAGGGAGUAAUCCGGCAGAUGAUCGACAGUGGAGAGCUGGGCAAAGAUUACUUGCAGAAAGCCCAGGAGAAGAGUCAUCAAUGGGUUAGGCCAACUGCCCCAGGGAAUGACCGGGACAACGACCGACGGAGGAAUAACCAGCCAAGGGAGCGGCAACCUGCCCCCGAAAAGGAACACAUCGGCAUGAUCUUCGGCGGACCCGAGGAUCACAAUGAUCCAUGGGUCAUCACCAUGGACAUUAAGGGGGUGGAUGUCGCCCGGGUACUUGUUGACACCGGUAGCAGUGUCAACAUCUUAUACCUGGAGACCUUCCAGAAACUCAGGUUGUGCCGAACACAACUUGAACCCCUCAAAACCCCUCUCUCAAGCUUCACGGGGGACACCGUUGAAGCUGAAGGAUCCAUAGUUCUACCGAUCGAACUAGGAUCAGGUGAAAAGAUCGUGUGGAAGAAGAUGCAGUUCAUAGUUGUGGACAUCAAAUGCGUCCACAACGCAAUUCUUGGAAGGCCAGGCAUCAAUAAAGUCGGGGCGGUGAUUUCCAUGCCUCAUCUAUGCAUGAAGUUCCACACUCCAGGUGGUGUGAGUGAGGUGAAGGGCGACCAGAGGAACGCCCGGGAGUGCUAUGCCCGGGCAGUCAAGAAGAUGACCAAGGGGGUCAAUGUCAUCUCCCAAGAAAUCACAAAGGGAGAGACCCGGGAGAAAUUGGAGCCCGAGGCCGAGACGGUGGAAAUCGAACUUUACCCGGGUGAUUCUUCGAGGAUGGUCAGAAUUGGAGCAAAUCUCCCCGAGGAUCUCAAGGAGCAGAUUACCCGGGUCCUCCAAGAAUACGCGGGCAUAUUCGCAUGGAGCGUGGCGGAUAUGCCCGGGAUAGAUCGCUCUGUUAUCUGCCACCGGUUGGCCGUGAGGGAAGGAAGUCGACCGGUACGCCAAAAGAAGCGGUACCUGGCCAGUGACCGGCGAGACUUCGUCAAGAAGGAAGUGAAAGACCUUCUCAGUGUUGACUUACCGGUCAACAAGCCCACUGAGCAAUGGUGGGAGAUGGCAGUUAACGGGGCAUCCGGUCCUAGAGGAUACGGGGGUGGUAUCGUGUUCACCACCCCAGAAGGGUUCAAGAUCUACCAUGCAAUCGUCUUCAACUUCAAGCUGACGAACAAUGAGGCAGAAUAUGAAGCUCUGGCUGGAGAGCUCAGACUUGCCCAAGCCCUGAAAAUCAGCCGGGUCAGUAUCAAAUCUGACUCUAGCCUGAUAGUAGGGCAGGUGACCGGUAACAUGGAAGCAAGGGAAGGACGCAUGGCACAAUACAAGGACCUUGUACUUGCCCUGUUGAAGGGCUUCGAAGAAUUCAAGAUCGCCCAGAUUCCCUGGGCGGAGAACGCUGAUGCAGACCUUCUCUCCAAAUUGACGCAGUAUGCUCCCGAGCAUGUUUCGAAACUUGCCCGGGUAGAGAUCCUUGACCGUGCAAGCAUCGAGAAAUUGGAAGUCGCCGCUAUAACGGUCGGAAGCCAGUUUGACCGGUCAAACUUGGUCGGGGCGGACGACCAUUGGAUGUAUGAUCUGAUGGAAUAUUUGACGGAUGGGAGCUUGCCAGAACAAGAUGACCGGGCAAGAAAAGUGAAGCUCAGGGCACCCCGAUUUCAGAUUCUUGAUGGAAAGCUGUAUAAAAGGGCAUUUGGGGGGCCACUCCUGAGAUGUCUAACCAACCGGGAGGCUGAGCGAGUCAUAGCGGAGGUCCACGAAGGCGUAUGCGCGGCGCAUCAAAUGUCCCGUACGCUUUCCCAGCGCAUCAUCUUGUUGGGGUAUUACUGGCCAACAAUUGUACAGGAUUGUGAAAGGAUUUCCACGGUCUCUGGAUUGACCGGGAAAGUCCUGGCAGGAUUGGCUUGGGAGCCCCCGGUCUCCCCGGCUGGUUGGUCGUCAGGGAUGGCGAACUCCUCAAACUCCAUAUCUGCAAGAGAAGCUGAAAUCGUUAAGUACAAGUAGUUCGAUCGGUCAUGACAAAUUGCAUGACCGAGAAGUGGAGGGCUUAUUGAUGGGUGUAUUUCACCCAAGACCGGUCAAAGGAGAAGGCCAAAUCUUUGACCGGUCAAUCUCGAAAGUUUUGGAAGGGAGGCUUAAAUCGUCAGCAAAACGAUAUAUCAUCGGCCAAAAUAUGACCGGUACACUUCACAAAAGAGUAUACCGGUCAAACUACGUUAUCAUCCUAUUUAUUCCAGACUUCGAUCAAUUCACCCCUCGGAGAUUACCCGGUGUAGUUUCUGGGGUU